AUGAGAACGACUCGAUCGAAACCUACCGAGCAAUCCAGCUCCAAUGGAUCGGCAUUCGCCUUGGACCCUGACACGCUGGGCGAGUUGGUCGUGUCCAAAAAUCUCCGAGAGGUCCAGGAUCUUGGUGUGAGGGGCUGGGAAGAUGCACUGCAAACAGAUGUCCGCUCCGGCUUGAGUCUCAACGAAGCCCAUCUGGAUUCGGUGGUGGUGUCAACAAGCGCUGCGUCCACCGAGAAGGUCACUACCCCUGAGGACCCUGCAGCGGGACCUGAACAUGAUUCCUUCGUUGGCAGGAGGCGGUACUUUGGAGACAACCGACUCCCGACGAAGCCACCGCCGAGCUUUAUCUCGUUGAUGUGGGCAGCCUACAACGAUCACGUUCUAUUCCUUCUGACCGGCGCGGCUAUCAUAUCGCUUGCUUUGGGUCUCUAUCAGACAUUCGGCACCAAGCACUCCGCCGAUAAUCCACCUGUCGAAUGGGUCGAGGGAGUUUCGAUCCUAGUCGCUAUUGUCGUCAUCACACUCGCGGGUGCCGCCAACGAUUAUCAAAAAGAGUUCAAGUUUCAGAAGCUCAACAAGAAGCAGCAGGAUCGGAGUGUAUGGGUUCUUCGAUCGUCCAGAACCCAUGAGGUUGCGAUAUCAGAUGUCGUGGUCGGGGAUAUCGUUCACAUCAACCCGGGCGAUAUUGUGCCCGCGGAUGGAAUAUUAAUCAGCGGACACCAGGUUAAGUUGGAUGAGUCGUCAGCAACCGGCGAAUCUGAUCCUGUCGAUAAGCAUUCUCUCGAGACCACCCAUAAUGGAUCUCAGCAGGUCGACCCAUUCAUUCUGUCACACACCAAGGUCGUGGAAGGGGUCGGUGCUUACCUCGUGCUGGCAACAGGCACCAGAUCGAGCUAUGGAAAGGUGCUGCUGUCUCUAGAUACAGAUCCAGGCUUUACACCCCUUCAGGUGCGACUGAGCGUCUUGGCCAAGAACAUCGCUCGGUUUGGCGCACUUGCGGCACUCGUGCUGUUCGUGAUAUUGUUCAUCAAAUUCUGCGUCAGUCUUCGCAACAGUACCGAGUCUGCUUCGGAGAAAGGCCAAGCUUUCUUGAACGUUUUCAUUCUUUCCUUGACUGUCGUUGUCAUUGCGGUUCCCGAGGGACUUCCGCUGGCAGUUACUUUGGCCUUGUCAUUUGCGACCACGCGUAUGAUGCGGGAUAACAACUUGGUGCGGCAGCUUCGUGCCUGCGAGACUAUGGGACAAGCCACGGAUAUCUGCUCCGACAAGACUGGAACUCUGACCCAAAACAAGAUGACUGUUGUGUCUUGUUUCUUUGGUUCCGAAUCACUCACUGGACGGAAGGAGUCUAUCGAUGCGGACCCAGAGCACCCUUCGCAUGUGGCCGCUGAGCUGAGCUCUCUUUCUGCCACCUUGAACUCUGACCUGAAACAAUCUAUUGUCAUCAAUUCAACUGCCAUUGAGAGCCAGGAGGGUGCAGGUCGACAAUUUUUGGGCUCCCAAACAGAAGCUGCGCUUUUGAGAUUCGCGCAGGACCAUCUUGGCCUUGGUCACUUGGACUUUGAGAGAUCGAAUGUGGAGGUUGUGGAUCUGCUGCCAUUUGACGCGUCUCGGAAAUACAUGAUUACGAUCAUCAAAUUGCCUAAUGGGUCAUAUCGCGCUUACAUUAAAGGUGCUCCAGAGGGCAUCCUUCGGAAAUGCACUGCCAUCCAAUCACAGCAAGGAGAGCAGACGCAGGAGACGGCAGCCACCGACCAUGCAAUCGAAGGAAUUCGCUCGAGAAUUUCCGAGUAUGCCUCACGCUCCCUGCGGACUAUCGCUGUUUGCUUCCGCGAUCUCAAAGUUUUGCCCUUGAGGCAGGAUGGUGAAAAUGUCGACUUUGAGCAGGUCAUGCAAGCCCUGACAUUCCAAGGUAUCCUUGGUCUACAGGACCCUCUUCGAUCCGAUGCGUGGAGUGCUGUCGACACGAGUCACAAAGCAGGUCUUACUGUGAGAAUGGUCACCGGAGACAACCAUCUGACUGCUCGAGCGAUUGCCCGGGAAUGUGGAAUCAUCAAUAAUUCCGACGACAUAGUGAUGGAGGGAGACGAGUUCCGCACACUGGAUGAAACACAACAGAAAGAUAUCGUACUAAAUCUCAAAGUACUAGCUCGGUCCCGCCCAGAUGACAAGCGAAUCCUAGUUCAGCGACUCAAAGAUCUCGGAAGAGUAGUUGCUGUCACGGGUGAUGGAACGAACGAUGCUCCUGCCCUCGCAGCCGCGGACAUCGGAUUCUCGAUGGGAAUAUCAGGCACUGAGAUAGCUCGCGAGGCCUCCUCAAUCGUCUUGAUGGACGACACAUUCUCAUCAAUCGUCAAAGCAAUCAUGUGGGGCAGAGCUGUCGGUGAUGCUGUGAAGAAAUUCCUGCAGUUUCAAAUCACCAUCACAUUCACGUCCGUCGGGCUGGCAUUUGUUUCCGCCGUGGCCGACUCAUCGCAGGAGUCUGUUCUCACGCCCGUGCAGUUAAUGUGGGUGAAUCUCUUCCAGGACACUCUUGCAGCCCUGGCGUUGGCUACUGACCCGCCUCCUCGACGGAUUUUGAACCGGAAGCCUGAACCAAUCUCUACCCCAUUGAUCACACCCACGAUGUGGAAAAUGAUAAUCGGCCAGUCCAUCUAUCAGAUGGUCGUGACACUGGUGCUUUACUUUGCUGGCUCGUCGAUAUUUUCCUAUCACGGUGCUCACCAGACAUCCCAAUUGCAAACUGCGAUUUUCAACACGUAUGUUUGGAUGCAGAUUUUCAACAUGUACAACAACCGACAGAUCGAACGUUCUUUCAACCUCGUUGAGGGGCUGCAUCGGAACUGGCUUUUCAUCGCAAUCACUUCCAUUAUGAUGGGCGCUCAGAUCUUGAUCAUGUUUGUCGGUGGGCGCGCAUUUUCAAUCACCACAUUGACCGGCGAUCAGUGGGCUUAUUCCGUUGUCCUUGGCGCAAUUUCCAUUCCCGUGGGCUUCCUUCUCCAGGCCGUCCCUGAUGUCAUUGUCGCAAAACCGAUGGCAGGGAUGGGAAGCCUCUGGGACCGGUUGCGUCGUCGAUCCUAA